AUGGCUUCCUCUUCUGUGAGCCAAAACUCCCUUCACCAUUUUCGCUCUAACAGCUUGCCCACUAGAGCAAACCCGCUCAUUUCAGAAUUCAGUGACCACUUGAGCAAAUUGAGAUGUUCUGAAGCAACCUCUUCAUCAUCUACAUCAUUAAGCCAGAAACUAAUCUGCAUUCAAGAUUUGCAUGAUUGUGUUGAUAAGUUGCUCCUGUUGCCUUGCACACAAGCCUUAGCCCAAGAGCAGCAUGAGAAAUGGAAGGUGGUGAAGAAGGCAGUGCAGAAGGUCUUAAAGGGUAUGCAGACUAACUUGAACUCUAAGAAAAAUGAAGGUCUAGGCAUGGUUAGCAUGUUAAAAGAGCUAGAAGCUUUAACUCUCAUGGUCUUUGAAUUACUCUUGACAUUUAUAUCUGGACCAAAGUUGCAAUCAAAAUCAAGCAGCUGGUUUGUAGUUUCCAAGCUGGUGCACCCCAAAAGAAUAGCAUGUGAAGGUGAAGAAACAGAUGUGAAUGAAUUUGAGAAGGUAGAUGUGGUGUUACAAUCUCUCAUUAGUCACAAGACAAGCAAAUCUAAUUACUCAAUCCAUAUUCAGAAUGUGCAGAAUUGGAUGGAGCAGUUGGAGUCAAGCAUUCAAGAUUUUGAAGAGGUGCUUGAAAGUCUGUCAAAGCGUCUAGUCAAGACCAGAGUUUCCUUUCUCAACAUCCUCAACCACUAA